AUGUUCAAUCUACACGCCGACAACAAUGACGACCCCCCAGAGGUCAGGAACUACAGAGUGCACCUUAUGGCCAUCAUCAUGAGCAUGGGAUCAGUUGCCAUGGGCUACGAUACCAGCGUUAUCGGCGGCGCAAUGGCGCUCGACUCCUUCAGACGAGACUUUGGUCUCGAAGGUGUCAGCGCGAGAGCGCGAGAUACUCUUCAAGGAAACAUCGUCUCCACAUUCCAGGCUGGGACUUUCUUUGGAGCUCUCUUAACAUUCCCCUUGGCGGAAAAAUUUGGCCGCAGGAGGGCCAUCAUGUUUGCUGCGGCGAUCUUCCUCUUAGGUGGUUCGAUUAUGACUGCGGCCGGCGGCCGUCUUGCCAUGAUUUACACUGGCCGAGCCAUUGCUGGCUUCGGUAUCGGCUCCGUCUCCCUCAUCGUCCCGGUCUACAUCGCUGAAACCGCCCCGCCGUCUAUCCGUGGUCGCCUGGUCGGCAUCUUCGAAAUCUUAUCUCAAGGUGGUGGCAUGCUUGGCUUUUGGAUUAACUACAUUGUACACCGAACGAUCCCCGUGCAAGGCCACACCCAAUGGAUUGUGCCACUAGGCCUUCAACUACUUCCCGGUUUUCUUUUAAUGUGUGGAAUCUUCUGGUGCCCUGAAUCGCCGCGCUGGUACGUCAAGAAAGAUCGCUGGGAGGAUGCUGUCAAGACUCUCAGCUGGAUCCGAAAGCUGCCGCAAGACCACUAUUACAUCCAACGCGAACUCCAGGACAUCCAAGAGCAGAAUCAAAUAGGGAAGCCACCACCUGGCGAGAAGCACACCUUCAAAUAUUACUGCCGUCGGCUCUUCCAGAAGGGUACACGCAACCGAAUUGCCAUCGGUCUUGCUCUCAUGGCCUGCCAGAACAUGACUGGUGUCAAUAUUAUUACCUACUACUCACCCCGCAUCUUUGAAACACUCGGCAUUACCGGCACCGACACCAAGCUUUUCGCGACCGGGUUCUACGGCGUGGCCAAGACCCUCGGCAUGAUCAUCUUCAGUUUGUGGCUUGUGGAGAAGGUUGGUCGCCGCAGCGGUCUGAUCUACGGUGCUUUCAUCGGCAGCAUCCCUAUGUGGUACCUGGGCGGAUACGUAUUCAAGGCCGAUCCAGCUGGCGCUGCCGCACGCGGUGACACGUCUCGCAAUGGCUGGGGCUACUUGGCCAUGGUCUGCGUCUACCUUUACGGCCUUAUCUACUGCGCCACCUGGCAGGGCAUCACGUGGGUCUACUGCUCUGAGAUAUUCCCCAUCGACAUCCGCAUGCUCUGCGUGGCCUUGACGACCGCAGACCAGUGGCUAUGGAGUUUCAUCGUCUCGCGCACGACACCGUACAUGAUCACCAGCCUCGGCUAUGGCACAUAUUUCUUCUUCGCCUCCCUCAUGGUGCUCAUGGGCUUCUGGGCUUGGUGGUGCAUACCAGAGACCAAGGGCAAGACCCUCGAAGAUAUGGAGGAGAUAUUCGGCGCGCCGUCGGCUCUCAACUCCAGGACCGAGCUCAUCACCAAGACCUCGGAUUCGGAGCUCGGUUCCGAGAAGGACAUUGGUGUCGUCUACGUCGAGACUCAUCCAGAUCGACCGUUGCCGCAGCAGAGUAUCACCAGAAUUGUCAGCUCGUAG